CGUGAUGCUCUGUGUACUCUGUGUGCCGCUCAGGGCUGAUGAAGUAUCCAGGGACACAGCUGCUCCUCCCCGCUGUGGCUGGAGUGGGGUACCCCGACCCAGGGGGCUCAGGCCUGGAGGUGCCCCUCCUGGGGGUGCAGGGAGAUGGGAGCAGGGGGGAGCUGGUCCCUCUCGCAGGAACCAUGGAGGAUCCAGAUGGGAAAGGGCUUGUUCCUAUCAGUAUUGGAGCCAGGGCUGUGGACCCGGUUACUGGGGAAAUUGCUCCAGUCGUGGGGGCUUGCUUUGACCCCUGCAGAAACACUGUGGUGCCCAUAACUCAAACCUACAGCCGCUCUCUGAGUGGAAAAACAAGCUUACAACUGGUGGAUUUGCUGGAAAGGGAAAUGAAGUUAAGAGAUGAAUACUGGAAGGACCAAAGGCAGAAAGAAGAAGAACUCCUAAGAGGCUUGAGCUCUUUACUGCAGGAUUACUGCACCACUAACGCAAGGGGCGGGCUGGAGAAGGCUCGCUGGAAGGAUCACAUCAUUGAACUCAAAAGGCUGUGUGUUGGGCUGCAGGGGUCCUCUCUGGAUGAGACACAGAGAAGGGCAUUGCAAGCAUCGGAUCUGUCCUUCGCAAUGCCGUCACAAGUCAUCUCCAUCGUGACUAAAGUUGACAGGGAGGAAGGGGAGCAGCACCUCCGCUUUGCAGCUGUGUUCAGGGAGAUGCUGGAGAAGGUAAGCCAGGCUUCAGACAAGAUGAAGCAGGAGGAGGACAGACUGAGAGCCCAGGCCCAGCAGAGCAGGAGGCAGCCGGGAGAGCAGGAUGUGAAUCUCAAUUACAGGAAGGUGCACAGACGCUUGCUGAAGGACUCUUGGGAGACCCUGCUGAGGAGACAGGCUGGUGUAGACGUGGCUCUGUGCAGGCUGCUGUACCUGCGGGAGCUGUCCCGCCUGCACGCCGUCACAGGGAAGACCCUGUUAUCUGGAUCAUCGUAUUGGUCUGGCGAUUAUCAAAUGAUCCGCCACCAACCCAGUGAAAAACCCCAGAGAGCUUCAGAAGCAAAGCAGCGGGAGCUGAUCCCCUUACUGGAGCAGCUGCUGCCCUUGCUGGAAGAGAACAGAGCACUCCGCCUCUCCCCUGGGACCCCCCGGCCAGCAUCCGAUCACUCCAGCACACCGUCACACCGUCUCAUUUCAGAGAGGAGUGCUUCGGAAACAUCAUCCAGAGCUUGGACUACCUCUGUCCCAGCAGACAAGGGUCUGGCCGAGGAGAAGCAGGUCUGCCUCUGAGCGCCGAUGAGAUCCAGGAGAAGGUGGAUAGUUUGAAUGAAGAGAUGUCAGAGCUGCUGGGCUGUGAAUACAGGAGGAAGAGGAAGGGGAGUCUCCCUGAAGCCGCAGCAGCAGCCACACACCCCCUCCCCUCCACCCUGCAGAGAAUCCCUGCUGAGACACAUCGAGGAGCAGGAGAGGGAGUGUGGGCUGAGCAGAGGCUGUGAAUACAGUCCAGGCUGCUAGGCUGGGCUGCCCGCCCCCCACCCCUCACCCCACACACCUCCCACACACCCCCUCCCCUCCACCCUGCAGAGAAUCCCUGCUGAGACACAUCGAGGAGCAGGAGAGGGAGUGUGGGCUGAGCAGAGGCUCUGAAUACAGUCCAGGCUGCUAGGCUGGGCUGCCCGCCCCCCACCCCUCACCCCACACCCCACACCCAGUGUAGCUGCCUCUCGUCUCACUGUAAAGAGCACGUUGAAAUGUCAUUGUAUUCGCGUCUUGCUUGUUUGUUACAUUUCUUACACAGUGCAAUGGGGUUUGCAAUCCUUCUCUUUGUGUCUUUUAGUUGGUUGUCUUCCUGUGUGGAUAUUGUAUUAAGUACUGCAGUAAAUCCAGGAGCUAUCGAGAGUCUGGGAGUCGUGCU